AUGGAUGCUUGGGUCAGAUGUUUAGCAGUGUCAGUGCUGCUCGCUAUGGUUGAUGCUCAGCUGCCGAAGCCGGCACGGGCCCCUCUGGGUCUGCACAAGCCUUUCAUGGUUGUUUGGAAUGCGCCGACCGAGCAGUGCAGGCUGCGGUACAAGGUGGACCUGGAUCUCAGUAUUUUUGACAUUGUAUCCAACACCAAUGAGACUCUGAGUGGAUCCAAUGUGACAAUCUUCUAUCACACGCACCUGGGAUACUAUCCCUAUUACUCAGAUAAUGGGGAUCCUGUCAACGGAGGGGUGCCCCAGAAUGAAAGUCUUACCAAACACCUCAAUAAAGCAAAGUCUGACAUUGACUACUGCAUACCCAUGAAGAAAUUCCAGGGACUUGCAGUCAUUGACUGGGAAAACUGGAGGCCCCAGUGGGAUAGGAACUGGGGCAACAAAAGCAUAUAUAGAAAUAAGUCUCUUGAGAUGGUUAGGAGACGGCAUCCUCAGUGGUCAGAGGACAGAAUUAGGAAAGUGGCUAAAGAGGAAUUUGAAGAUGCUGGCAAGAGUUUCAUGAACAACACCAUCCUUCUGGCUGAGCACAUGAGACCAAAUGGUUUGUGGGGUUACUACCUUUACCCAGACUGCUACAAUUACGAUUACAAAGAACACCCUCAAACAUAUACAGGGAAAUGCCCAGCCAUUGAGUCUGAGCGCAAUGACCUCCUGCUCUGGCUGUGGAAGGAAAGCACUGCUCUCUACCCUUCCAUAUACCUGGAUUAUGUACUGAAGUCAAGUCCAAAUGCACUAAAAUUUGUUCACUAUCGGGUUAAGGAGGCAAUACGUGUUGCCUCAAUGGCUAGAAAAGACUAUGUUUUACCUGUGUUUGUUUACUCCAGGCCAUUUUAUGCCUACACUUUUCAUGUUUUAACAGAGAGGGAUCUGGUAAAUACCAUUGGUGAAAGUGCAGCUUUGGGAGCAGCUGGAGUUGUUCUUUGGGGGAGUAUGCAAUACGCCAGCUCAAAGGAGAGCUGUUCAACUGUGAAACGGUACAUUGAUGGACCCUUAGGACAUUAUGUUAUUAAUGUGACAUCAGCAGCCAAACUCUGUAGCAAAGUCCUUUGCAAGAAGAAUGGAAGAUGUAUCCGCAAAAACAGUGAAUCUUCUGCUUAUCUCCAUUUGUCACCCACUAAUUUCAAGAUCCAAGCCCGUCACUCAGAGAGAGGCCUCAAGUUCCAGGUGACUGGUGAACCCAGCCUGGAGAGUAUUGAAGCCAUGAGGCAGAGAUUCAUCUGCCAGUGUUACCAGGGCUGGACAGGAAUAUUUUGUGAAUUGCCUGAACAAAGGCUAAUGGAGCGCUGGGUUCACAUUGUGUUCAGUAGAUCAAGAAAACAAAAGCCUUAUGUCUUCCUCUUAGCCAUCAUGCAGCUUAUUCUGCUCUGUACUACACACUAGUCUUCUGAGGCAGUGCAAGGAAGUAAGAAUGGUGCCACUAAGGGUUCUGUUUCUUAGCCAAUUUUUAUUGCAUGGGCAAAAGGUACUGUUGAUUAAACAGUUAUUUGUUUUCUUCAUCUGCCAUUCCUGAAAUUGCUUCAGACAUUAAGCAUUUUGAAAGCAGCUCCCUCUUUUUUACAAGCUCCUUUACUUUUAACUCAUGUUUUACUCAUGUGUUCAAUAGAUAAAGCUUCUGCUCUGACAGUGAAAGCUUUACAUCAGUAAAAAAGUCAAACUUGUGCUGAGAACCUACAGGAGAGCUUUGCCACUGACCUUUUGCUUUGUCGUGUGUAAUGGCAGUGGGUGACAGCAAAUGUGAAGGUAAAAAGCUUAUUUUUGUGUGGAAGAGAAAGAAUUAAAGUUGAGAAAAGCUGACAGUUGUUAAGAACUCUUCCUUUAAACUAAAGCUAGGAUGUUUUACCUUUACAAAUACUUUUUGAUUGUAUACAUUCUACUUUAGCUCUUUUAUUCAGUUCAGAGUUUGCUAAACUUCAAGGGGAACUUACACAUACUUUAGUGUAUUGAGAGCAUAGAAAUUAUUAGCCCAGUUUUGCUGAGUACCUAUCACCAAUGUAGGUCUGUGUUUAAACUGGAUGCUCCUGAUUUGUAUUAUGGUGUCCUGUAUUCUGAAACCAGAGGCAAUGUGAAAAUGCUGUAACUCUCAUUCACUGUGUCAGUGAAAUGUGUUUUUAAAAUGUUGUGUGUCACUUUUUACAGAGUUUGCAUUACUUCUGUAGGCUUAUAAGAAUAAACUUGUGACUUAUAUACACAAUUUACUUAGAUAGCAUAAAUUCAAUUAAACUGACAUAAGGCCCUCAUCAGCUAAAGUUCUGCAACUCUGGGGGAAGUUUAUAUAAGCGACAAAAAUGCUGUGGGUAAAGCGGUAGCAUUCCUGAUUCAGUCUGUGGUGUAUAUUCUCUAUUAGGGUACAUUGGCAGAGCUUUAUUAAAGUCCGUAGGGGUCUGUCAGUUAUGUCAGGUGUAAAUUUGCCCAACGGCUCUUCUUUAGUCUAGGUUAGCACUUCACGCAGAAGAGCAUGAGUGUUUCUGGUAGUGUAUCUACCUGGAAACUACGUUUUUUGAGUUUGGCUCAGAUAUUUCUGUGAAGAACUGAAAGCCCAGUUCUGCACCCUCAUUGCCAGGUUGUCUGAAGUAGAAUACUAAAAUCAGAAAUUGGUCUGGGCUUCUUAAUAAUUAUUGAAGGAACCAAGUAUCUAAACAAGACAUGACAGGGGAGCAUAUCCAUCCAAGGAUGUGGUGUACUGCCACGUGAGCUGAGACUCCUUGCAGUGACCAGCCCAGACCUCAGUGCCUCACCAUAAAUCAAAGCUGGAGUGGGUAAAGGUAGCCUGGAGUGGCCCAGCUCAAAAAUGUGGACAUUUAACGUGCUUUCUGAAGUCCUCUUCUGCCACUGAUUCUUUAAGAUGAAAACAGAUGAGAAAGGCUUGCUGGCUGAACAUAAUCAUGCGAGCAUUUGGGGUUUCAUCAGCUUUUCCAAAUGCAAAGUUCUCUGCCAGAGUCGGUCUCUUUCUAAAAAUGGGAACAAUAUUGUUAUAGAAAAAAGUGCUAACAGCCCUCACAGACAAAACCAAAAGGAUGAAAUUUCAGAGCCGUUUGGAUUUGUAACACCAUGCACAACUAUGCAUGUGUACAUUUCUCCUGUUAAAAUUCCUUGCUAAGGUAAAAAAAAUGUUGCUUAAGUUAAAAGUUAUCUUGGUUUUGCACUGAAAGUGUUUGAUGUAGACAGUAAAUUAAAAUUGCACAUCAUGCAUAAUAAGAACACAUGAAUGUUUUUUGCCAAAGAAACUUUGAUACCUUUAAGAUGCUGUGAUAGCCACUUUUUGUUUGUUUAUGUUUCAGGAAAAGUAAUUUCCUGUCAAUCUGGGCCAGACUCAGAUAGCAGGAGUAUUUGCAAACACAGGUUGCUCUAAAAAUAAGUUGGAAAUGCUAGUUCUGUACACUUCAACGGAUGAUACUGGCUGGGAACAGUACAGAUUCUCAGAGACUCAAGUCUGAUCCUCCAAAAAAACGCAAGUUAAAACAAUGCUGUCACGUACUGCUUAAUUAGAUUAAAGCCCUAAUUUGUUCUCAUUCAGCAAGGUCACUGUGUGCUUUCCACAUACCACAGCACGCAGCAGUAAGGAGCAGUUAGAGGUCACAUUCAAGAAGAGGGGAGAGCUCUUUUGGUAGCUUCCCAAAGUAAGUGUGUGUGUUUGACGUUUAACUGUGCUGGUUUUAAGAGUUAAAACACACCGGUUUAUUCCUUGUUUAAUGUCACCAGAAUAAUUCCAAGGUAGUAUUUUUCUGGCUCAAUGAAUACCUUGCUUAAGCUGUGAUAAGC